GCUGUGCCAUCAGCCGGCAGGUUCAGCCUGACAACCUCUCUCUUCUUCCAUCACAGAGACACAGAAGGACAAAGAACGUUCCUUACAGUGUUACAGUGUCACGCCAAGUAACACCAGGAACCUGAAGUCUUCAAUCGCUUCUAUUACAUUUGCAACAAGUGCGAACGUGAGAAAUGUUUUGAUGCUGGAUACCGGGGGUACUGCCGCAGACAAAGGAGGUGCGUGAGAGAGGGAGGAGAGGUAGAGAUGGUGGGGGUAAGAUAAGGCGCAGUGCGAUGUGACCUUUACCAGGUCACGCUAUCCUUUGAUUCUGUAUCGGACCAGUCAGCAACCACCACCACCACCAUCAGCGUCCAGCUACGACAGCAACAACAGCCAGCUGCAGAGCUGCUCAACGCAGGGUCAGCGGUGAAGGCGAGGCGAUGCAGCGCUGAAGCAAGCCAGCUGCACACACACACAGCCGCCAACAAGGCUCGCACCACACACACACCAGGCUCACAGACCCCCCCGAACCCUGGGGUUGACUGCAGUCACUUCCUCGCCGCCUCGACGCGCACUACGUGACGCGAGUACCAGCACGGGGAGCGCGGGAGCACAUUUCCCCCACAAAUCGGCGCGGGCAGGCAGCAGUUUGAACUCGCCGCGGCUAUUCCCGUGUCGUGACUUCGCCGCGAAAAAAGCCGUUAAGACUUCUGGCGGUCGGUGGUGGGGCUGCGAGAACUGCUGUGCUGUGCUGGUGUUGAUUUUUGUGCAGACCUGCAUGUGGAAAGACGUAAACACGCACGCAAACGAACUAACAGCGAGUAACCCCCCUUUUCAACCUACACAUACAUAUACACACACUCAGGGCACGUUCAAACGUGGUGCGUGCACGCGCAAGAUGUCAGCCUUUGUCUGAAGCGACCCGGCAGCAGCCUGGAGAUUGUCAUUUCCUUCCUUUCUCUCGGCCACGUCGCGUCGUGACAAGAUCUUGUGAUAAGUGUCACUCGCCAUCCGCAUCGUCAUCAUCGUCGCUCGGCUGACAGAACUGUGGUGCUCGUGAUAAAAGAAGGGACGAGCGUGCACGUUGGGUGUUACACGUGUACAUCUCAGCGGAUGUUCGGUAGACGGAGAACGGUCUUGACUCCGCGAAGGCGGACAGCGUGCAGUGUCUGCUCCGCGAAGGAUUUGGCUCGGACAGACUGGAUACGUUGGACCACCUACCGCAACGUCGUCACAAGUGGGGAGUACACUGCUGGGACAGUUACACUCCGCCGAGCACCGGUCCCAGACUACACGCACCAAUGCGUGACCAGAGAGGGUGGUUGGGUGAAUGGCGAUUCCCGCUCCUAUCUUGUUGACAUUAGGCGUAACAGAGAAGAAAGAGAGAAUGAAAGAUUCCUGGAGUUUGUCAGUCCUGCCUUGAGCUGUCCGUUCUUCGGACAACCCUCGCUGCCUUUUGCCGCCUUGAGACAGUCCUGCGCGGAAACGGGCAAAAAAAUCCUCGUCUGCGCCUGCGCUGUUCAGCAAAAUACAAACAAAAAUGCAGUGGUUUUGCAGCUUGUGAAUAGGACGGUGCUGCUGUGUGCUCCUCCAUGCAACUGCGGACUGGCGGAGGAGGAGGCACCGUCACACCCGGCGGGACUGAAUCGUGCGCGUCGCGGUGCUGGUGACGGGUCUGGAGGCCACGCCCUCCCCAUGUACGUCAUCUGACGCGCACACGCACGUGUUUCUGCUAACGUCAGCCACCAACCCACCCACCCAACCACCCCCUCUACCCACCACCUCCACUCCUUUUGCGGGUGUUAGUGGUCUGUGUGCAAAGCGGAUGUGUAUGCCCCCCAUGCAGACGGUGGUCAUGGAAACCAGCUACGGGCCAAUCAACGGGCCGGCAGGCAGCCUUCCCAUGACAGAGCAGGACCUGCUUGAAAAUGGCAAGGUGGCCAUCGUGCCCACGGAGAGCUUGGGCCGCCGCAACUCCCAGGACUCCUUCGCCGAAUACGCGGCGCGUGCGGCCCGCCAGAACGUGCACCCGGCCUUCAACCGCCGCGCCGACCGCCACUACUCUAAGCGCAUGCGCCGUCGCCUGGUGUACAAGAACGGCGAGGUCAACAUCACGCAGACCAACAUCCGGAAGCGGCGUCGGCGUUACCUGGCCGAUAUCUUCACCACGCUGGUGGACAUCAAAUGGCGCUACAAUCUCAUGCUCUUCGCCCUGGCCUUCAUCGUCAGCUGGGUCAUCUUCGCCCUCAUCUGGUGGCUCGUCUGCUUCUCGCACGGCGACUUGGACCACCUCAACGACCAGAACUGGAAGCCGUGCGUGAUGGAGAUCCGCUCUUUCACAUCCGCCCUCCUCUUCUCGAUCGAGACGCAGCACACCAUCGGCUACGGCUACCGGCACACCACGGAGGAGUGCCCGGAGGCCAUCGUGCUGAUGAUGUUCCAGUCCUGCUUCGGGGUCAUCUGCCAGGCCCUCAUGACCGGCAUCGUGUUCGCCAAGCUGUCCCGCCCCAAGAAGCGCGCAGAGACGCUCAUGUUUAGCAAGAGCGCCUGCAUCUGCAAGCAGGAUGGCGACCUGUGUCUGCUCUUGCGCGUGGGAGACAUGCGCAAGUCGCAGAUCGUCGAGGCCCACAUCCGCGCCGUCCUGAUCAAGAAGAAGGUGACGAAGGAGGGGGACGUCCUGCCCCUGUACCAGUUCGACGUGGACCUGGGCUUCAACGAGGGCAGGGACCGUUUGUUUUUGGUUUGGCCUGUGAUAAUCGUGCACAAGAUAGAUCAAGCCAGUCCUUUCUGGGAACUGACGCCGGAGGACCUCCACCGCGAGCAGUUCGAGCUUAUCGUGGUCCUCGAGGGCAUCGUCGAGAGUACCGGCAUGACCACGCAAGCGCGGAGCUCCUACCUGCCCGGGGAGGUCCUUUGGGGCCACCGCUUUGAGCGCCUGGUCACCUUCCAGAAGGAAAACGGCCAGUACCAGAUAGAUUUCUCGCGGUUCCACAACACCAUUCCAGUGGAUACUCCAAACUGUAGCGCUAAGGAGUUGGCUGAAAUGACAGCUGCCGGGAGGAUGCCUGAGUCAACGGGGGGGUUUGUUGACGAUGACGAAAACACCUCCAUUGCAUCCAAGUCUGAAAGAUCGAUUUGUGAAUCCGACAACGACUUUGACGAAGAUGAGGAUCUGGAGCGGCCGGUGAAGGACGCCCGUAAGGCGAGCGUGGGCACGCAGUGGAGGGACUUCUUUCACGUGGAGGAAUACGACUGACGUCACGUCAAGAGAGUUACCGCCCCUCUGAUGUUAAGGCAUAAUUGUAUUGCGAUUGGUUUGACCACGUGCGUAUUCAGUGGAUAGUGAUUGAAAGCGUUAUUUAUUUGCGUUGGCAAUCGUUUCCUUGAUUCCACUGAACAUCGUAGCGGGAACCAGCCACGUAGUAUAAAUAUUACAUAACCGACCUCAUCCUUCUUUCCCCGUCACCAACACAAGAAGGGGAUUUUGUUUUGUUUGUUUGAAUACGAACAAACACACAGAGUUGGCCUAUAUUUUGGAGUGCAUUCCCAGUCGGGAGAAGUACUCUUAGUUUGAAGUCUAUUUAAAAAAAGGACCACUCAUCAUUAUUGUAUUUCUUGGGGACACAAAUGAAAUGUUCGGUUGCCAGUCAUACACCACUAGUCAUUGUGCAAUCUUCAACGUCACGUGAUGAAAGAGAAGAAAAUCAACACUAAUAAUAAAUUUGACAAAAUGUGCUUAUAUAAUAAGUCUAGCUGACAUUGCUCUGUGGCUUGGUUGUCAGAUACCUACACAUCACGUGAAAUCAUGCCAUUCACAAAAGAGUUGCUAAGUGAACUGUAAACCAACAUCAAAUGAACAUUAUCCAUCUACACACAAAUUGAACUGUUUCUGGAUGGUGUUAUUUUUUUCAGCAAAGGGACAUCCCAAACUGGAAAUCCAACUGGGGACGGUAGAGAUAAUCUGAGAGAAGAGAUUUAAAGUAUAUCAUAGCAAUGUCCCUUUCUUUUUCUAAAAUAUGACUUGAAACCAUUUUUAGAAUUUUCCUCGCUUUCUGAGAUAAGGCGUUGGAAAGACGAUGGGUUAUUCUUGUGGUUUGAAAAAGUUUUUGAAGACAUAUCUAAGUAGUAACUGUGAAUGACCAUUGUACUAGGAGGGCGGGUCAUCUUACAUGACACCGGCAACAAAAAUCUCGUUAAUCGAAACUCUGUUUGUUUUUUCAAUAAUGUGGAAGAAUGAUUGAUGAUUAGCAUUCUUUGUAAAAACAAAAAGUGAGUUUAUGUGAACGUGGAAACUUAAACUUUCGCAAGGUAAGUUGCAGAUUGAUGACAUCAUCGUAGUAUGUCCUCUGGCAAGGCGCGAUGAACUUUUGUUGCAUUCUUGAGGUGAACGAGGAACAUCUGGAGAUGUUUGUUGAGAUGAGAGGCGGCAGUUGUGUGAGUAGCCCGUUCUGAGCUCUCUACAAUGUGCCGUAUGCCCCUUGACCUGGAAGGAGUUUGUAUAAGAGUGACUUGGACCGAAGGACAACAGAAGGCGAGAUGGCUGUUUUGUUACUGAACAAUGUGGUGGGCAAAGACAUCGAGCAGACUGCAGGCCCCAAACUAAUUCAGUUUUCGUGUCGACAUGGCAAGUAAAUUAUGUUCACCUGCAGUUUGUAACUUUGUUUGGGCUGGUUGGAGUGGGGAUUUUUUGGAGGGGGAAUACUGCACUGGGUGUGGUUACGUCUCGAGUGUUGUUGUUUACCCUGAAGAACGGUUUGAAUGCAAGCGCUUGUUUACUUUGAGCGGAGGGGGAAGACCGUGUGGGUGCUCUAUUUUGUUACCAAUCUAGCCUGUCGUGUGUUGCUGCUGCGUCAGUUCGACCAAGGACAAGCUACUUUUUUAUUGUUUGUUUAUCCACUGAUCAGUUGUUAUACGAUUUUGUUUCGGUUUAGUUUGUUUUUCCUUUGUCCAUUUUUAAAAGGUAUCUGAUUUGGGGAAAAUAUUUGUAUUUUUGUCUACACAAUAUUUGCAAUAUAUAAACACAGGUACUUUGUGCGAGAAAAAAAAUUAAUCAGAUUUUAUAUUUGUAUCUCAAAGCCAAAAUAGUUGUAUGCGAAUGAUUCAUGGACAUUUGAAUGGUGAAACAUAUUUCAUCUCAGGCUAACUUGUCUUUGAUUCACGCUUACGAGCGAUGUGCAAAUGCGUCCUGGACUUGGAAAAAAAAAAAAGAAAAGAAAGAUUACAGACGAAUCGCAACCGACUCCAGUUUGCUAUCUGCCAUUUAUUACCGCAGUCAUGUGAACGCCCAGACGAACAAUUAUUUGGUUGCGAUAGUAACCAACGUAGGCAAGGAGCAGGACUGACGUCAGUAGAGUUUAGUUUUAAAAGAACCUGCGUGGGUUUUUUACCUGUCAGGUAGCGCGUGAACAGCCCUGACAUAUUUCGCAAGCUACUGGAGUAUCGGAGGUGAGGAGGCGUCGUGGCUUCUGUCUCUCAAAGUUCAAUUAGGCCGUGAAGGCAAGGUCAGGUCUCGCAAGAGUCCACAAAUCAGGGUUUUUUUCUUGUCUCAAAAAUUACUCCACGUUAUAAUACGCCACGUAUUUACCCUUCCGGAAAAUUCUCAAAAUUGCAGGAAUUACGGCAAAAUCAUUUUUCUUGUUUUUUUUUUCUCCAGCUGAUUAAGCAGACAAAAGCACAGUUCUCCCAGGAAAUGCAUGCUUUUUCUGGAAGUUUUGGUUUUUUUCCAAAGGUAAACGAGAUCGGGUAACAUUGGACGCCUGGGUAAUCACAGUAUCGCGGAAUUUGAUUGAUUAAAAGGUGUUAUCAACUUUAAUGUAACACCGAAAAAGGUGAAACAAAACAAAAAAUUAAAUCCACGUCAGUCUUAGCACAGUCGUAAACUGAAGAACUAUGGCUUGCCUUGAUUUUUUUACUGUGUCCUGUUGCCAGGCAAUGAGAUUUUAUGUCCCAUGCACAUUACACACGCCGGUGGUGUCAGCAUGUAUGCAAUUAUUGUAAUUAGAAGCCGCAUUAAACACUCAAAGAAGGGUAUAUAAUUAUUCCCCCUCGCUGCUUGUCCAAUUAGUCCUAGGCGAUCUAGUGGUUAGACCUAACGACGCACGAUUUCAUCAUCAUCGGGAUUUUUCGCUCGAGAGGAAGGAAUGGUGUGUGCUCACAUCUGCGGAAACAUUAAAAAAAAGACAUUUUUGCACACUUGUAGACCUUUGAUGGAGAUUAAAAAGUCUUGCUUUUAAAAUAAAGAAAAUCAUAUAUAGAUAUCAUUUAACAGCAUUUACUUGUCGCAUAGGCUAUGCCAAGAAAUUUUAAUUAAUCACGCUGGAAAUGCAUGGACCAAUAAAAUUCCUUUAUUAGAGUAUGUAACCAUUUUUAUACAUGGAAAAGAACAAAACAAAAUCAUUCUUUAAAAACUCGUAUUGGCUACAUUGUGAUGUUAGUGAUGACAAUUAGUAAGAUGUAAAAGGACCUCUCGAAACAGGACAUUGCAGCGUCUUUCUGACAGCUGUUAUUUGAAAAUCAUUUCCUAACCGGGAAAAGUACCAAAACACCAAACCACUAAAGUGUUUCAAAGUGUCAUGGUAUUGACAAAUAUAUUGACAGUAUAUUGACAAGCGAAUCGAACCAUAGUUCAACAUGCUGACCAAACUUCCAAUGCCCCGACCAUUCAGCCUCAAAACCAUUGGUUUCCUCGUGGCCUUCACAAAACAGCUUUGCCCACCUAGGUUCAAUCUUUGAUAAAAUUGUCCGGUAAAUAACUGGACUUAAACAGGCAGUGAACAGAAAUCGCAUGACAGUUAUAGUCGACAGUUAAAGCCAGUCUGGUAAAGGUGACUGCAUUCUUGUCCAGAAUGGAGACCUUUGUGCUUUGCGCCCCACGCCCAUAGUUCGGAUUUAAAAGCUAUGUCGUACUUGCUGCCUUUCUUCAAGAAGAGAAAACGUAUGAUAAAGCUCGGUGCAAGAAAAUGUUUUCAGCAAAUCGGGAUGAAAACCCAUCUACCAUUCUCGAGCCCCACGAGUACAAAUAUCACCUAAAAGGAGGUCAACAAGACAAACAAGGAUUGUACAUGAAAACUUUUUGUAAGAGCUAGGAUCAUAUGUUACUAAGCGGUCAUGAGCUUGACAUCUUUCUGUGAAAGGUGAUGUUUGUAGGCUUGUCUUCAAGAAAAAAAAAUGUUUCGACUGACCACAUCGGCAAAACGUUACACUGCACUGAAGUGUGAUGGAGAUCGCUGACCCAUUCAUCUGACCAAACUCAUCCCGAGGCACUGUCACCAGCUCUUGGAACAUGUCACUAUAGGUUAAGGUGACAAAAUAAUUUUACUAGCAAAAUGGAUAUAGCGGUCUCCAAACCUUAAACUCGAACCUGGCUUUUUUCUGUCAUUAUCUUCAAAACUAUAGUUGUACUGUGUAUUUGAUCGCAAAGAUUUCAAAACCUGUCAUGGUCAGUCCAAAUGUUUCAAGACAGGUGUCUAUGGGACGAGACCUGCGCCGCCUACUGUACGCUGCCUAGAAGACAAUAAGCAGUUUAAAUGGAUUUCCUCCUCUCUUUCCCCUCCCCUCCCUUCGUUCCGAGGAGCUCUCUCUUCAUCUUAAUUGGCAAAGCUACCCGGUGUGCUAUGGCAACGUGCCACGCGCUGCAGUUAUGACUAACGCCGUGAUGUUUGUAGAGCGUUUCCACCCCACACCCCACACCCCUCAUCCUCCACCCGCUCGCAAAACACGCUUCAGAUGUUUCUUCAGACUGCCCUCGUUGCCUCUAGGUUUGGUAAAAGAUUAAAAAAAGGUGAAAUCGUGACUCGCCGAUGGCUGGGCUUCGCUCCUCGGUGUCUCCAACUCGACAGAUUUCUUGUAAGAAGUCAUUUUUUGAAGGUGUGCUUGCAGUCGAUGCCAAAAUGCACUUCUCCUGAUUUUGUGCUCUUGUUUUCUUGCCCUUUUUUUUUUAAUUUUCUUUUCGGCUGCACCUGUACUCCGUUUCACAGACAUUUGUUCAUCCCUUCUGAGGAAUCAGUAGGUGUAGACUGAAUGUGCAGCGUUGAUUCCCCUACUAGUCUUUCAUAAAUCGUUUCUCACGAUUUGUACCAAGCAGUGUCUGCCACAACUAAAGUGUCGAUCACACAAUUGUGAUAAAUGCUGUACUGUGUACAUAGCAAUAUUGUUUAAAGAUAUUUGUCUGAACUGAU